CUGCUCUUCAAAAGAUCUGUUUUAGCUUUUCUGUUGAAUCCAAUGUCUUCUGUAGAAAUCUUGGGAGAGAAACUUGCAGGUGUGGGAUUGAGCGAUGGCGAUGAUCCAUAUCGUGGGAAUAUAAAUGGAGAGUCUGAAAAGAAUACAGUGUGGAGGCAUGGACUUCCCCCUUCUUACACUCAAGUCAACACCCUCUUUCAAAGCACCAGAACCAAGGUAUGGCCCAAAGGUUCCCUGGAAGAAACUGUGCAGAACCUGGUGAAAACAUGGGAGAUGGAGCUUUCGCAUAAGACUCAAAUUCAGGACUUCAAAACAAUUGAUCCCCACAAUUUCUCACUCUGUGUAAACGGUAGGCCUGGUCUAUCAGGAAAGGAGACGCUAGAAGUGGGCAGCUACAAUGUGUUAAUGCAAACUUCUUUACCAGAGGAGCUUCAGUACUACAAGGCAUCCAAGGAAACAUUUGAGUCCUCUCAUGAAAUAUUUCGGACUGCAUUUCCAGGAGGUUUUGCAUGGGAAGUUGUGGAGGUUUACACAGGGCCUCCUGUUGUGAACUUCAAAUUCAGGCAUUGGGGUGUCAUGGAGGGGCCCUUCAAAGGCCACGCUCCCACUGGAGAAACAGUCCAAUUCACCGGAAUUGCCAUUGCUAAGGUGGAUGAGAAGCUGAGAAUGAAGGAAGUUGAAGUAUAUUAUGACCCUGCAGAAUUGUGUGGAGGAUUGCUUAGAGGGCAGUUUGACCAAAAUUAUGGGGAGUAUAAGACUGGGAUAGAGGGCUGUCCCUUCUUUGCUUAAUUUGUUAGUAUUUUAAAGGGCAAAAUAUGUGGCUUUGUCAGAUAUGACCUCUGACAUGCAUGUGUGCCUCACUCUUGUGGUCCUGGAAUCUAUAUUUUCAGGUUCUUUUUUUACAAUUAAGUUGACGUUUGGCAGGCUGGCAAUGGUAUGAUACGGAAAAUAAACUACCAGUUGCAUCCAGUUUUAAUCAUACAUAUUAAGUAAUAUAUUAAGUCUAGAGAAUGUCUGUAAUUCUGAGUGUUUAACACUUUUCAGUUUGGAAGUAGAAGUUUAGUGUGUGUCAUUUAAGCUGUUUGUUAUUU